AUACUGUUAACUGAGAGCUUAGCUUGGCAGCUCAGCGUAAGCGAAUGACUACUUAUUCCAUUUUCGUCUUUUCUGUGUUAGCCACCGUCACCUCUCACAACAUAAAACCGUUCAACGUCAACGAGCCUCUCGCUUUGACAAUAUCUCCCAAAGUUUGGAAUCUUCUCGAAACGAAGGCUACCGUCAUAGAGGAUGCAGUAAAGUCAAUUGAGGUUCCGGAAGUCGGUGAUAGGAAAUGGUGGUACAUGUUCAAAGCCUGGAACAUCAAGUUUACAAAGUUCAAGGUGCCCAGAUCUGGUGUUUCGUUCGAAAACAUGAGAAACGGAGUGUACAUUAAGAUAAAAGGAGCACAACUAGAAGCACGUGCAAGAGCGAAAUUUAGACUACUUUUCGUAACAUCGGGAUCUGGAGACGUGAUGGGGACGACCGAUAGACUGAAUAUUGACGCAAGACUGUCGUGGAGCGAUUUCAGUUUCACUCCAAAAGUUGACUUGGACUCAAACUUGAGACUCAAAUUCCAUGGCCCCAUCAAAAUAUUGAACUUAAUCAAGAAAUUCCUGGCCCGCUUAAUCGACAAAAAACUCAAGAAACUAGCUGUUCGGGCAAUAGAGAAAGAAGUAAAUCCUCACUUGCAAGAGUUUAAAAGGAAGAUGGUAGCUAAAGGCCUGACGUCCUACACCGUGCAACUAUCAGUUCAGAGAAACUCCCUCCAUGUUUCGAUCACGCCGAAGAGUGCUGCUAAUGUUAUCACUCCAUUGAUUCCAAUCAACAACAUGGUCUGUUUGAAUGCGAAUAUGCUUUCGCUAAUAAACGCAAUACAGGAGAGGGAGGAAAGGAGUGUGCAUGGCGAUAAAAUCGAUGUUACCUGUUUAUCGCCAGAACUCAAAUGUGAAAUAUCCAAGCUCAAAUGCUCACUUUGUUCGGAUAUCGACAUAAAAUACACUUCAGGAAACUCGGACAAGUUCCACAAUUGUCUACCAAAACUGCCGUUCUGAAUAAAUAAAACUUUAAGCAAC